UCUGCAGAUUUUUUUGAAUGGCUGUUUGUUUCCACCAUAAUCAUCAACCCCAACGCAUAUGGCAGGCUGGAUUUUCAAAAUAUGAACAUAAAAUAUUGCAGUCUUUUUUGUCAAAUUCUCUUUAAACAAUUAUUUUUUCGCAGGAAAACUGCAAAACAGUACAAAAAUAAAAUUAAAAAAAAAGCCGUCACUCAUUAGCCACGCAGUGCUUCCUGCGCGUAUAUAAAUAUGCAUAAACCCUCAAAGCCCUUCACCAAUCCAAACCCAUCUCCUACAAAGUAUCACCAUGGAAGCCAUGGCAGCUACUUCGUCACCCUUCUUCGUUUCAGGAGAUAAUAAUCUCCAUCUCGUCACCGUUCCCAUCUUGCUUCUUCUCCCUCUCCUCUUCCUCUUUCUUAAACACAGGUACUCCAAGCACCACAACCUCCCGCCGGGACCGUUCCCGUGGCCCAUCAUCGGCAACAUCGCCUCCGUUGGGUACAAGCAGCACGAGGACCUCGCCAAGCUGGCCGAGGUCCAUGGCCCCCUCAUGUCCCUCCGCAUGGGCUCCCAGCUGGUGGUCAUCGGCUCCAACAAGGCCGCCGCCACCGAGAUUCUCAAGACCCACGACCGCACCCUCUCGGGGAGGAUUCCGCCGCACGUCUCCCCGGCGAAGAGCCCCGAGCGGAAUCACCUCUCCAUGGGGUGGACCUUCGAGUGCACGGAGCAGUGGAAGUUCCUGCGGACUCUGUGCCGGACGGAGCUGUUCGGCGGCAAGAUUCUGGACUCCAGGAUGGAUAUAAGGGCGCGGAAGAUUGAGGAGAUGGUGGAUUUUUUGGCGACGAAGGAAGGGCAAUUGGUGACGAUAAGGGAGGUAUUGUUUUCGACGGCGUUUAACGUGCUUGGGAACGUUCUGAUGUCGAAGGAUUUCUUGGCGUUGGAGGAUGGGGAGGGCCAGGUGAUGUGUGACAUAGCGAGGAAUCUGAUGGAGCUUUGGACCAAACCUAACAUUUCUGAUUUGUAUCCAUUUCUGGGGGGAUUGGAUAUUCAGGGUCGGAAGAGAGAGGCGUAUAAGUGCAGCGAGAGGUUGUAUAACGUGUGGAGAGGUAGGAUGAAGGAGAAAAGAGAAAGAAUGAGAAGAGGUGAGGAGAGGGCGACCAGAGACUUCUUGGAUGUUUUGCUCGACAACAAUUUUACUGACGAUCAGGUCGACGUUAUGUUCUUGGAAUUAUUUCUUGCAGGAACUGAUACUAGUACCUCAACAGUUGAAUGGGCUAUUGCAGAACUAUUUAAGCAUCCAAAGAUGUUGAAUAAAAUUUGUGAAGAACUUGAGAAGGAAGCUCCAAAAGGCUACUUGAAAGAGACUGAUAUUGCUCGCUUUCCCUACUUGCAAGCGUGCGUAAAAGAAACCCUACGACUGCAUCCUGCAGCACCAAUUAUUCCUCGUCGAUCGACCGAGAAAUGCGAAGUUAUGAACUAUACCAUCCCAGAAGACACCCAAGUUCUAGUAAACAUUUGGUCAAUUGGUAGAGAUCCUGAAGCUUGGGAAGACCCUGCGAGCUUUAAGCCUGAGAGGUUUUUAAAUUCUGAAUUAGAUUUCAAGGGAAAUGAUUUUGAGUUCUUGCCAUUUGGUGGGGGAAGGAGAAUUUGCCCUGGAUGGCCAAUGGCCAUUAGGCAAGUUCACUUGACCUUAGCUGCUUUGCUGCACCACUUUGAGUGGUCUCUUCCCCAUAAUAUGACUCCUGAUAAGCUCAACAUGAAUGAGGUGUGCGGGGUGACAUUACAGAAAGAGGACCCUCUUGUGCUCAUACCAAAGAUAAAAAAAUGAUCAUAGUUCUAAAAUACCAUAAGUACGUAUUAUUUUGACAGUUGUUCAAUCAUGCUAAAAUAAUCUAUAUGUAAGUUGUUUUACAUAAUGUGAAUGAGAAAUUUGGCUUUUGGGUCAAACUCUCAAGAUGUAUCUUUUGUUGGUGUAUUUUACCAAAAUAAAAAGCUUGUAAGUUUGCCACAUGGGAAAUUUUGAUUUUUAUUAAAA